ACGAAUGUCAUCAUGUCUGGAGUCAAACGAAUAAUCAAAGAGACAGAUCCUGAUUAUGAGGAUAUAUCUGUGGACUUUCCAAACAAGCGGCAUAAAGCAAUCGAGAAUUCAGCUCGAGAUGCUGCUGUGCAAAAGAUUGAGACUAUUAUCAAGGAACAAUUUGCACUUGAAAUGAAGAAUAAAGAACAUGAAAUUGAAGUCAUUGAUCAGCGACUGAUUGAGGCUAGAAGGAUGAUGGAUAAACUUCGUGCCUGCAUUGUUGCAAACUACUAUGCUUCUGCCGGGCUUCUAAAAGUUUCUGAGGGAUCAAAGACCUAUGACACAAUGGUUUUUAAUCAUCCUGCUAUCAAGAAAUUUUUGGAAUCACCAUCCAGGUCAUCAUCUCCAGCCAAUCAGAGAUCAGAAACACCAUCUGCCAAUCAUUCAGAAAGUGAUUCUUUAUCUCAGCACAAUGACUUCUUAUCUGACAAAGACAAUAACAGCAAUUUGGAUAUUGAAGAAAGACUCUCAAACAACUUGGAGCUGAGAUCAAGCCGAAAUACUGGAAGGGACACUUCUAGUAUCACUGGCUCCCAUAAAACAGAGCAGCAGAAUGCUGAUGCCACAGGAGAUGAGACUUCACGACUUUUUAUAAAGAAAACAAUAGUAGUGGGCAAUGUGUCCAAGUAUAUACCUCCUGAUAAGAGAGAAGAAAAUGAUCAGUCAACUCAUAAGUGGAUGGUGUAUGUUCGAGGGUCUCGCAGAGAACCCAGCAUUAAUCAUUUUGUCAAGAAAGUUUGGUUCUUCCUUCAUCCCAGCUAUAAACCAAAUGACCUUGUGGAAGUUAGAGAGCCUCCUUUCCACCUGACCAGAAGAGGCUGGGGUGAGUUUCCUGUCAGAGUUCAAGUUCACUUUAAGGACAGCCAGAACAAGCGGAUAGAUAUCAUACAUAAUCUGAAGCUGGAUAGAACUUACACCGGCUUGCAGACUCUUGGAGCAGAGACGGUAGUGGAUGUAGAGCUGCAUCGACAUUCUCUGGGAGAAGAUGCCAUGUACCCUCAGUCCUCCGAGUCUGAUAUUUCUGAUGCUCCACCAGCUUUGCCUUUGACCAUUCCAGCACCUGUGAAAGCUUCCUCACCCAUUAAGUCGUCCCAUGAACCAGGACCUGAUCCCUCUGUGGAAAAAGCAGAAUUCCCAGCAAACACCGAAGCUGAGAGACACACUACAUUUUAUUCAUUGCCAUCCUCAUUGGAACGAACACCUACCAAAAUUAUGACAUCCCAGAAAAUUACUUUUUGUUCCCAUGGCAAUUCAGCUUUUCAGCCAAUAGCAUCAAGCUGCAAAAUUGUACCACAGAGUCAAGUUUCUAAUCCUGAGUCACCUGGGAAGUCCUUCCAACCCAUCACUAUGAGCUGCAAGAUUGUUUCUGGUUCUCCUAUAUCAACUCCAAGUCCUUCACCGUUGCCUCGAACGCCGACUUCCACUCCAGUGCAUGUGAAGCAAGGCACUACCAGCUCUGUUAUCAGUAAUCCGUAUGUUAUUCUGGACAAGCCAGGGCAGGUGAUUGGCACCACCACUCCCACUGCAGGAAGUCCUACAAACAAGCUCUCAACUGCCUCGCAAGCCUCCCAGGGAACAGCUUCUCCUGUUCCUAAAAUUCACGGAAGCAGUUUUGUAACAUCAGCCGUCCAGCAGGAGGAUUCUUUGUUUGCUUCUAUGCCACCUCUCUGUCCUAUUGGAAGCCACCCUAAGGUUCAAAGUCCCAAACCUAUAACUGGUGGACUCGGAGCUUUCACAAAAGUGAUCAUCAAACAGGAGCCUGGAGAAGCCUCUCACAUAUCCACAGCGGGAGCUGCCAGCCAGUCACCGCUCCCUCAGUAUGUCACUGUGAAAGGGGGUCACAUGAUAGCUGUGUCCCCUCAGAAGCAGGUCAUGGCUGCCGGAGACGGGACUGCACAGUCACCAAAGAUUCAGCCCUCCAAGGUUGUUGGGGUACCUGUUGGGUCUGCUCUGCCUUCAGCUGUAAAACAGGCUGUUGCCAUUAGUGGUGGCCAAAUCCUUGUAGCCAAGACCAGUUCCUCUGUCACCAAAGCAAUUGGUCCCAAGCAAGUUGUGACCCAAGGAGUGGCCAAAGCGAUUGUGAGCGGAGGUGGAGGAACUAUCGUCGCCCAGCCAGUGCAGGCCUUAACUAAGGCUCAGGGCCCUGCUGCUGGCCCACCGAAGACUGGAUCCCAGGGCUCAGUGAUGGCAACAUUGCAGUUACCAGCCACAAAUUUGGCCAAUUUGGCCAAUUUGCCUCCAGGAACUAAGCUCUACCUUACAACAAACAGCAAGAACCCUUCAGGAAAAGGGAAACUACUCCUCAUCCCUCAAGGCGCCAUCCUACGAGCCACCAACAAUGCCAACCUCCAGUCUGGCUCGGCCACAGGUUCUGGAGGUGGAGGUGGCGGAGGAGGGAGUGGCACUGCUGGAGGAGGAGCUGCAGGGGGAGCUACAGGUGGACCAGGAGCAGGGACUGGUGGGACCCAGAGCCCUGCAGGCCCUGGUGGAAUAUCCCAGCACCUCACGUACACAUCUUACAUCCUGAAGCAAACUCCUCAGGGCACCUUUUUAGUUGGCCAGCCAUCACCGCAGACGUCUGGGAAACAACUGACAACUGGUUCCGUGGUCCAAGGAACCCUGGGGGUCAGUACAACUUCUGCCCAAGGACAACAAACGUUAAAAGUCAUUUCAGGACAAAAAACAACACUAUUUACCCAGGCAGCCCCCGGGGGACAGGCAUCGCUGAUGAAAAUAUCCGAUAGCACAUUGAAGUCUGUGCCAGCAACCUCCCAGCUCUCAAAGCCUGGCACUACUAUGCUGAGAGUAGCAGGAGGGGUCAUCACUGCUGCCACCUCGCCUGCUGUAGCUCUCUCGACUAAUGGUCCGGCACAACAGUCUGAAGGAGCUCCCAGUUCAUCGACUAUUAGUUCUGUCAUGAAAACUUCUGGGCAGCAGCAAGUCUGUGUGAGCCAGGCGGCCAUGGGAACCUGCAAAGCUGCUGCCCCCUCUGUCAUAAGUGCAACAUCCCUGGUAUCCACGCCAAACCCCAUUUCAGGAAAAGCUACAGUAUCAGGGUUGUUGAAGAUUCACUCCAGUCAGUCCAACCCCCAGCAGGCCGUCCUGACCAUCCCCAGCCAGCUUAGGCCACUCAAUGUCAAUACAUCUGGAGGUGUGCAGACAAUCCUGAUGCCUGUGAAUAAAGUGGUACAGUCAUUUACUACCAACAAAUCACCUACCAUUCUGCCUGUCACAGCCCCAACUCCAGUUGUCCCCAGCUCUGUUCCAGCAGCUGUUGCAAAAGUGAAGACAGAACCAGAAACACCAGGGCCAAGCUGCCUUUCUCCAGAGGGACAGACAGCAGUGAAAACAGAAGAGAGCUCAGAGCUGGGAAACUAUGUCAUCAAGAUAGACCAUUUAGAGACUAUUCAACAACUCUUAACUGCAGUAGUAAAGAAGAUUCCAUUAAUCACUGCAAGAGGUGAAGAUGCCAGCUGUUUUUCUGCAAGGUCUGUGGAGCAGUAUUAUGGCUGGAACAUUGGGAAAAGGAGAGCUGCUGAGUGGCAAAGAGCAAUGACAAUGAGAAAAGUCUUACAAGAAAUUUUGGAGAAGAAUCCAAGAUUCCACCACCUGAGUCCCCUGAAGACCAAGCACAUCGCACACUGGUGUCGCUGCCAUGGCUACACCCCACCUGAUCCCGAGAGUCUGCGGAACGAAGGUGACUCCAUCGAGGACGUGCUGACGAGGAUCGACAGUGAGCCCGAGUGCCCGUCAUCCCUCUCCUCGGCCGACAGCCUCUGCCGGAAGCUCGAGGACCUGCAGCAGUUUCAGAAAAGAGAGCCUGAAACAGAGGAGGAGGUAGACAUCGUCAACCUUUCAGAGCCGUUGAAAAUGAACAUUAAAAAAGAGCAGGAGGAGAAACAAGAAGAAGUGAAGUUCUACCUGCCCCCAACUCCAGGGUCCGAAUUUAUUGGGGAUGUCACACAGAAGAUUGGGAUCACCCUGCAGCCUGUGGCGCUUCAUAGGAACGUGUAUGCGUCUGUGGUCGAGGACAUGAUUUUAAAGGCCACAGAGCAGCUGGUGAGUGACAUCCUGAGACAGGCGUUAGCAGUCGGGUACCAGACAGCGUCCCACAGCAGGAUUCCCAAAGAAAUUACAGUGAGUAACAUUCACCAGGCCAUCUGCAACAUUCCUUUUCUGGACUUCCUCACAAACAAGCACAUGGGUAUACUGAAUGAGGAUCAAUGAGAGGCGGGACAACAACCCUGGAGAAGCAGGACAGAAGCUGUCCCAGUAGAGGCUUUGGUCUGUGGUGCCACUUCUGUUUUGGGGCAGAGCAAGUCCCACCGAACAUCAUGGCUACUGAACCAUUUCCUCCACCUCACUCAGCGUGACACCAGUGUUCAGUCCCAGGUCAGACCCCACUGGGACAGAAGCUUGUGUUUCUUUGUGCUCAGCUGGGCUGGACAGAAUGCGUUUUAGGUGCUCCACACCACUUCCUGGGUCCUCCAGGGAGCACCUUGCGUGUGAAUCUCCAGGAGGUAGAAAAUGAGCCUGGCAGGCUAGAGACAGGACCCACUCUGUGGGCUGGAAUGAUCCAAAGGUGACCUAGAACCUCUGAAGAGCGAUUGGAUAUGAGCACUCAGCCAGUGGCCAGUGUGAGGGG